AUGACGCACGGUACUUCCUCGACGUCCGACGUCCUUCUUUACCUGCUGGCCAUCCUGGUGCCACCCGUCCCCGUCUUCCUAGCUAGGGGAUGCGGCGCCGACUUUUUGAUAAACAUUGGAUUGACGAUUCUAGGCUGGAUUCCUGGCAUGAUCCACGCAUGGUGGAUCAUCGCGAAGCAAGAUCCGGCGAAAAAGGGCGUCAAGAGAUAUUAG